AGCUUUGCGUUCAAAGCAAAGACAGUGUGGCAUGGGGCACGCUGCUUGCGCUCUGGGAUGCGCGGAUAGGGGAUGCUCCGGUUGCGGCACGGCGCGAACAAAUGUGGUGGAGGUGGAGGUUUCAACAGAAACACUUUCAUCGAGACCCCGGCGCAGCCCACCUGAGGGCUCCUAUUUGGAAUCCUGGCAUGGCACGGUCUCUUCCACACAAGUGCCUUUGGAGGUGAGACCUGUGAAGAAGCCACCAGAAGCACCUGGCAAAGUGAAAUCUUCUCAUUUGACACCUCUGCCAACCCUUCAUCUCGACAUGCCUGCAGCAGUUGCAACUGCAUUCCUUGAAAGCACACGGGCAGAGGCGGAUGCCAAGUACCGCCGAAAGUUGGCGUGUCGGGCGGCCCGAGCAGAGGCUGCAGGCCAAGCCAUGGAAGUGGCUGAGAACCCCAUAGAGGUUGCAGACGACAGACCUGCCACAGAGCAGCAAGUCUUGCGGAUGGAUGGCCAGUUCGUGAGCAGCGGUGCGAUCCGCCAGAGACUGCAGGAAAUGGAGGAUGCAAGCACGAACCGCGCGCGGUGAGAUAAAAUUCAACCAGGUACAUAGGAGUAGUUUUGACUCCUUCAGCCCUGGUGCGUGUGCAAAA